ACAUGACCGACCAUCCAAAAAACGGAAAGACCUGCUUCAUUUGCUCCCAUCGACAAUUGUAUCCCUUAGCAAAAACCAUUCAGGAGCAUCUACAGCAGUAGCGACAUCAUUUAAACUAGAACACUCGGCUCAGACUUCAAUAUAACCGCAUCACUAUGGCUGAGUUUGACAUUCAACAGCUUGUGCUGGUCUCAGAUGCAACCAACGAUGCGGAAAACCUGGAGCAUCUGGGGCCUACCAUGAAGGAAGUCUAUCGCAACAACAAAAUGAAACCCUUUUUGGACCAACUAAGCUCUUUCAUUCGCCGCAAAGAGAUGGAGAUUGAAAAGAUGUGCAAUUCCAAUUAUGAAGAGUUUGUCCAGUCCGUCGAUCGCCUAUUGAAAGUGCGCCAAGGAACCGUCGAUCUCAAGGAUAAGAUUCAUACCCUCAAUAGCGAUGUUCAGCGUGCUGGAUUGGAAUUGACAGAAAAGAAACGCGAAUUAAUUGAGUCGAAACGUAUUUUGGAAAACAUUGCAACAGCAACAGAGACCCUGAAAACCUGUGUUCACUUUUUAGACCUCGCAAACAGAGUCAAUGUGCAAGUCGAGAACAGGAAAUAUUACUCAGCACUCAGGAUUGUGGAUGAGAUUCAGGUGGUGCAUCUUCGAAGCGUUAUCCAGUUUGAGUUUGCAAGACAUAUGCAGGACUGCAUCCCGAUUUUAAAACACGCGAUCAAGGAUGCAGUAACCACUGAGAUGAAAGAAUGGUUAUUCAGUAUUCGUACGAAUCAAAAGACGAUGGGAAAGCUAGUUAUGGAUCGAAUGGCGGCGAGACAGCAGCGGUGGCGCGACAGAUCCAGCAAAGGAUUUAGGUUAAAAACAUCUCACAACGUCAAUUCUGCCGUAGAGGUUGCUGUCAAUGAAGAGAAUGAAGUCGAUAUUCUGGAUGCAGACCAGGUCAAUAUUGAUUUUAAGUCAUUGUACCAAUGCCUCCAUAUUUACGACGAACUCGGUCAACGUUCGGAGCUGAGGGCGAGCUAUGCAGAAGAUCGACGUGCACAAGCAAAGUUAACGCUAUCCUCUAUGACUACAUUUAAUGUCAAAGACCGUAGCACAGACCAAUUCGAGUCAUUACUGCAGGACAUUGUUGGUUUCUUCAUUGUGGAACACAUCAUCCUCUACUCAACUACGAACUUUCGGACACAAAGCCAGCUAGACGAAUUGUGUGAUAUGGUGACAAGUCUUUUGCUCCGAUUAUUAUCAGAAGGACUUGCCAACUGUCGGGAUCCAGAUAUGUUUUUGAAUAUCAAGUUGCUUUUGAUGUUAUACAUUCAGACUAUGGAGUCCUACAAUUAUCCCGUAGCCAAGCUCAAUGACCUUCUUCUGACAUUAUUCCAUACAUACACCGACCAACUGGAGGCCAAGUUCAGUGCCAAUUUCCAAAAGCUUGUGGAUGAGGAUGACUACACUCCUAUGCUUGUCGAGAAUCAGGACGAGUACAAUCUACUGCAAAUGUCAUUUCGCUUCAAGGAAGACCGCAAAUCAUCAAGACAAGGAUUCCCGAGAAGGGUUCCCUUCUCUAAAGUUGUUCCUUAUUGCUGCGAAGAUAUUCGACAGUUUGUCAGUCAGUUCUACCGUUUUGUGGAGGGGUUUAAUCAGGAACAAAAUGAGAUGGACGACCUCGUCAAAGAUAGCUUAGAUACACUACUUACCCAGCAUGUCCAUUCUGUAUGGCUAAAGAAGCUCGAAUCUCGCAACCUUUCUCAGAUUUCUCAGAUUAUUAUUAACUUGGAGUAUUUCCAGGGCGCAUGUGGUGAUUUUGAGCAGUUACUGAGUGAAAUGAGAUCAACGUCCGAUAACUCCAAGAUAUCGCUCCAAGCAACAAGCUUGUUCAGAGAAACUAGGAGGAGUGCUGAGAAACGCAUCUCCGAGCUUGUCAACUCCAAGAUUGAUGAUAUUCUUGAGCUUGCUGAAUAUGACUGGCUCCCAUCCAGUAUUGAAGAUCUUCACAGCACUUAUCUGCAAGAAUUAGUUUCAUUCUUGUCGGUGGUUAUGAGUGCAACUCUACAGAAUUUGCCCGACUCCAUUAGGACAUUUGUCUAUUACGAUGCAUUGGAACAUCUUGCCUCCCAAUUGCAUCGCAUUUUCACGGAUCCAAAUGUCAAGCAUAUCAACCAAAACUUUGUCGCAAUAUUUGACAAAGAUAUUCGAUAUCUUGAAGACUUUGUGGCGACUUUGGAUAAUCCCAGCGUUGCUCAAGCAUUUCAACCUCUAAGACAGUUGAUCAACUUGUUGUUAUUAGAGAACACUGAAGAAUACAUGGACCCAGCCAUUCGUAGUCGCCACUAUGCUCAAGUCAAGGCGGACGAUGUUACACGGAUGCUAGAAAAACUGAUGACAGCUCCUGUGGCAGCACCAACCACACAAGAGAAGACCAAAAGGAGAAGCUGGGGCAGGGUACUUGAAUGGGGUGGUAUUAGGAGCAGCUCCUCCUAAUAGACCCCUAUAGUAUCAGUUUUUGAGUAGACUGUACACAAUUCCAAUACAAAUGAUUAAUAGGCAAAAUGUUUCAUAGUUUUACGUACAGACAUAGAGACAAAGAAGCAGACACAAACUGGAAUUCAGGCACAUGUCAUUCACUG